UGGUGCCGCUUCGGGAGUCGGUGUUCGGUCUCUGUUGUCUGAUGGGAACUGUAGUUCUGGGAGCAAGCCCGGCUCCCUCAGAGGGCACCGGGAACUACAUUUCCCGAGGAGGGAACGGCCCCGGCAGGCCAAGCGUUCUGGGGGCGACGCAGCCGCAGCCGGGUCCAGAACCAGAGGGUGUUCGGGGACCAGGCCGUAAAGAGGGGUGGCUUUUCCUUCUCUCUUCCUGGUGCCCAGGCGGUGCCGGCUGUGUGCCCUUGCCCCAUUGCCGUGCGUCCCCUGCCCGGCUCCCUUGUUUUUCCUAGUCCCCGCGGGGAGUUGGGGCCCCGAGGUUCCGAGGUAGGGGUCGCCGUCCCUCGCGGGGGGUUAGGGGCGCGCCCCUCCUCCUCGGCCCUGUCAACUUCGCGGCCCGGCCCGGCCCGCGUCUCUAUGGGCCCCACCCGGAAGCCCAACGUGUGUCCCCGGCUGAGUCGCCGGGCGCUGGGCUUCUUCUCGCGCGACGCAGGCGUGGUACAGAGGACGAACCUGGGCAUCCUGCGGGCGCUGGUGUGCCAGGAAAGUACUAAAUUUAAGAAUGUUUGGACUACUCAUUCCAAGUCACCUAUAGCCUAUGAAAGAGGAAGAAUAUAUUUUGAUAAUUAUCGGUGCUGUGUCAGCAGUGUUGCAUCAGAACCCAGAAAACUUUAUGAGAUGCCAAAAUGUUCCAAAUCAGAAAAAAUAGAGGAUGCUUUAUUAUGGGAAUGUCCAGUGGGGGAAAUGCUGCCCAAUGCAUCGGAUUACAAAUCCGCACUCAUAGCACUGACUGCUCAUAACUGGUUACUUCGUAUAUCAGCAACUACAGGAAAAGUCCUUGAGAAAAUAUAUCUUGCUUCGUAUUGCAAAUUCAGAUACUUGGGCUGGGACACUCCUCAGGAAGUCAUUGCAGUGAAGUCAGCAUUGGCCCGACAGGCAGGCCCUCAACAGUCUGUUUUGCUGUACCUUGCAGUGUUCCAUGUUCUACCUUUUUCACUCAUAGGGAUUCUGGAGAUCAGCAAAAAGAUUUUCGGGAACGUUACAGAUGCUACGUUAUCUCAUGGAAUACUGAUUUUGAUGUACAGCUCAGGACUGGUCAGACUCUAUAGCUUCCAAGCCAUCACUGAACAGUUCAUGCAACAGAAACUUGACUUAGGGUGUGCAUGCAGAUGGGGUGGGACUACUGGAACUGUAGGAGAGGCUCCUUUUGGCAUUCCUUGUAAUAUUAAAAUCACAGACACGCCACCGCUGCUCUUCGAGGUCUCUUCCCUGGAGAAUGCCUUUCAGAUUGGAGGCCAUCCUUGGCACUACAUCAUUACACCUAAUAAGAAGAAACAGAAAGGAGUUUUCCAUAUUUGUGCCCUUAAAGACAAUUCCUUGGCAAAAAAUGGGAUCCAAGAAAUGGAUUGUUGUUCCCUAGAAUCUGAUUGGAUCUAUUUCCAUCCUGAUGCUUCUGGUAGAAUAAUACAUGUUGGCCCAAAUCAGGUCAAAGUUUUAAAGCUAAAAGAAAUAGAAAAUAGUAGUGCCCAGCAUCAGAUCUCUGAAGAUUUUGUCAUUUUGGCCAACAGGGAGAACAAAAAUGAAAACAUACCCACUGUUACUGCUUCUGGACGGGUGGUAAAAAAGAAAUUUAACCUUCUGGAUGAUGACCCAGAACAAGAGACUUUCAAAAUCGUGGACUAUGAAGAUGAAUUGGAUUUGCUUUCUGUGGUAGCUGUUACCCAAAUAGAUGCCGAAGGAAAAGCUCACCUAGAUUUCCAUUGUAAUGAAUAUGGAACUUUACUGAAAAGCAUUCCACUAGUGGAGUCAUGGGAUGUGACAUACAGCCAUGAAGUUUAUUUUGACAGAGACUUGGUGCUGCACAUAGAGCAGAAACCCAGCAGGGUCUUCAGCUGCUAUGUUUACCAGAUGGUCUGUGACCCUGGGGAAGAAGAAGAAACCACCAACAGAAGUUGAAAAAAAGAGUGAGAUCAUUUUAAAUUUUGAGAUGUAACAUAUGAGACUUUUAGCCAUACACCCCAGCAACUGUGUCCAGUCCUUUUUAUUACCCAUAUAUCAAGUUCUCCAGUAUUUUCCAGAAAAGAUCUUGUAAUUACUUUGGAUGACUGUGACUUCUUUUGUAAACUCUUGCCAUACAGGGUGGUGAGAACUUCAUCUUAUGUAAAGGAGUUUUAGAAUGCCCCCCCCCCCAAAGAAGCCUAGACUUUUAGAGCUUUUACCUAGGUGGUGGUAAAUGUAAAAUGUAUUUCAAUCAGGUGUUUAAUAUGGCUCUUAAAGGGUAUUGUGGAAUUGUGAUUGCUAAGACUAAGAAGGAGAGACAAAAAGAAAGAUAAAAAAGAUAAGGGAAGAAAUCCUGUGUCCUCUAUACCAAACUUUGCUUAAGGAUGAGAAAUGACAUCUGGAAUGUGAAAACGUACUUUUGAACCAAAAAUGUGUCAUUGCAGUUUUUUUUAAUCUUAUACAUGUGUCUAUGUUCUAUAUUUGUACAGAUUAUUUUUUCUUCCAUGGCUUUAUUCUCUUGGCUUGAUGUUUCCUUUGAUUAUUUGUGUUUCUAUCAUAGACUAAUGUAAAAGGUUCCAAGCAAAAUUUAAGUGAAAUUUUUUCCAAUAUGUAGCUUGUUUAGCUGUUGAUUAUUAAAAAUAUUAUACUUUUUCACCAUUUUGUAUAUUUGGUGUAUCUUCCAAUUGUGCUUAGGCAAUAUUUUCACACCUGUACAAUAAGAUAAAGGUACUCCGGGUUGCACCGGUUCCGCUCCUGCAGAAGAGCAGGUAGUUCGGGAGUAGUUUGGGAGAUGACUACUUAGCUACAAAAAACUGUUGGCUUUAUCAUGGUUGUGAAACGAGUAUUUUUUUCUUCUUUGUUAGAAUUGAUCCAAAUAUGACCCUUGAACUCAGAUAAUCAUUCUUCAGAAUGUUAAAUAAAAGCAACCUAAGUAAAA